AUGAUGGCGGUGCGUGAACGCGCAGUAAAAGUAAUGGCUGCUCUGGAUCGGCGGGUGCCUAGCCUCGAUGAUUUCGUGGGUCAAAGCUGGACUGCCUGGGCCGAGUGGGCCGGUGUGACGGCGGCGGAUGGGCCUGAUGGGGAUGACUGCAGUAAGAAUGGCAAAAAGGCUGCAGAGGCUAUGUCACUCAGUAAAGAGGACAUGUCCAUCUUUGGCCUCUACCCCGGCCACGAUGACUUCUACCUGGUGGUGUGCAGCCAUUGUGGCCAAGUAGUGAAGCCGCAGGCGUUUGAAAAGCACUGCGAGCGGCGACACGGCCCUCUGGCAAAGCUGUACGCCCGACUACGUUCUCCCACCCCUGCACCCCAGCCCCAGCAGAGGCCCCACCACGGCCACUCUCCUUCCCAUGGGACCAAUUCUGCUUCCGUUUCAUCCUGGGAGGGUCGUGGCCAGGGGGUCGGGCAGCUCCGAGCAACCCCACCUUCGCCUUCCACUCCACCGCAGUACAGACACUCCAAGAACUCCAAGGAUGGAGUACGACAUUCCCCGCUGGAGAAGCCCUCCCACAGCAGCCAGACAGAGUCAUCAGUAUUCAAGCAGCCGCCGCCUCUGGAGCCUCCGAUGAGCUCUCCACCUCCAUCACUCAGAGAUCCACCUUGGCCGCACGGAGGCACCCCGCCUGGCAGGCCGUCACCUAGUGACAGACCCCCCACCCAGAGCCAGAGGAAGGACUCGCCUCUGGCCUCUGCAGUGCCAGGCCACCGGAUCCCUAGACCCUACAACAAAGUGGCCUCCAAGAGGGAGUGUGACUUGGACAAACACUGCGGCGUCCUUGACCCUGACAGGAAGAAGGUCUGCACUCGGCUCCUCACAUGCAAUAUCCACUCCAUCCACCAGCGAAGGAAAGUGGUGGGCCGCAGCAAGAACUUUGACCAGCUGGUGGCAGAACUGAAGACCAAGGUCCGUGAGAAAGGGGCUCAAUCCCUGGAGGGAGGCUCCUCCACUGGACGAUCCCCCAGCCCAGAGGCCCCAAGGGAGCAGGCUGGGGCCCCGCACUGCAGGAGGCCUCUGGCCAGCCUCCCUGCUUUCAGUCGGUCGACAGCUGUGGCCGAGAGCAACGCGGAGGAGGAGAAGCAGCGGCAGGAUGACGGGAGUCUGCGAGCCCCCUCACCUCUCGUCCAUGGACGAAUCUCCAGCGAUGAAAGUGAGGCAGAAGGACCCGAGGAGCUUGUGGAGCUCCCUUCGUCAGCUGCACAUCCCAGACCAUUAGCGGUGUGUUCGUUUGGCAGCCACGCACUGGGUCACGGCAUCUACACUUUUGACAGGAGACUUCAUCACCUGAGGUCGGCUCUCAGCAGCAUGCUGGAGCAGCACAUCAGCGCUCAUCUCUGGAAGAAAAUACCUCAAGCCACAGACCUUCAGUCUCCACCUUCUGCCAAGACCAUCACUUCUUCGUCUCCCUCCUCCAUAGCCGCCACUUCGUCUUCUUCAUUGCAUUCUAAGGUUCGCACAGGAAGUCAUAUCAGCUCCUCCCUCAAAACCGCAUCCUCCUCCUCCUCCUCCUCCAGUCGUGGUCCAGGGAGACCCUCGACAGCCAUACAAUCGGAGAACUCGGGGAGCAGCGGGAGCAGCACUGGUGCUGGCCACAUGGUAUCUCCGGGCAAGCCGGUGACGGUGCGUCAGGCGGGUGGUGGCCGACCCAAGAACCCCGUGGGGCGUCCCAGCAAGCAGAUGCUGAAGCUGCGAGAGGAGGCCGCCACCGCCGCUGCCCUCCGCAAACGGAAAGCCCCAUCCCAGGAAGGGGAACACUCAGGCCCCGACAGGAACUGCAUCAUCCUCCAGGACCGGGGCCGCCCACCUUCUGCUGCCUCCUCCUCAUCUUCUUCUUCUAAACCCCCCAUUCCCUCGCCUCUCCCACAUGGACAGACUAACGGCACGCUUUCCCCCAGCAGCAAACCCCGCCCCCAGCCCUCCCCCUCAGAGUCCCACUCACCAGCCGCCAAGGCGGUGUGGACCUACAGACGAACACAUGCUCCUCUGGGCCAUUCAUCACCCCCGGACCCCACCUCCGCCACAAACAACUCCCACAGCAGCCGGGGCGGCGUGGGGGACUCAGGACUUCACGGGCAGGGCAGCGGGAGGGGUUUUGAGCACCAGGGGCUUGUGAAGAAACGCAAGGGGGGCGGCAUGGAGGAGCACUCGCCAUCCUCCAAACCCUCGGCGCACCGUCUGCCCUCCUCCUCUUCCAGCUCUGCCACCUCCUCCUCCUCCUCCCCCUCUCCGCGCUCUAACUUCUACCCAUGGAAGGACAGUAAAGGCGGGGGGCUGGCUGGAGGCGUGGAGAAGAAACUGGGCACACAGAAGCCAAAACUGCACCAUUAAGUGUGCCUGCCUUACAAGCCACUCUGAGGGAGCCAGCUCUGCUCGGUCCAAGACUGAGACAACAGGACUCAAGUGUGUGUGUGUGCGUGUGUGUGUGUGUGUGUACAUGUGCGUGUGUGU